UAUUAGACUUCACCUUGGAGAUCAUCUCCCUGCUGAGCGGAGAGGAUUACACCAUAGUGAAGAAGACCACAGGGGUGACUCCCAAAUGGAGCAGAACCCCCAUCACAGAGGGUUUUCCCCUGAUACAUGAGCAGAAGAUCCUAGAACUCACCCACAAGAUGAUGGAGCUGCUGACUGGAGAGGUUCCUGUAAGGUGUCAGGAUGUGGCGGUCUAUCUCUCCAUGGAGGAGUGGGAGUAUGUAGAAGGACACCAGGAUCUGUACAAGGAGGCCAUGAUGGAGGCUCCCCGGACUCUGACAUCACCAGAUGGAUCCAGGACUAGAAAUCCCCCUGAGAGAUGUCCCCGUCCUCUGUAUUCCCAGGACUGUCCGGAGGAGAAGCUCCCAGAGAACCAUCAGGAUGAAAAUCUGAUUGAUAUUAAGGUUGAGGUUAAAGAUACAGCAGAAAAGGAGACGGAUUUAUGGGACGAUCAUCAGUAUGCACUCAGAGAAAGAAACCCCCCCGAGAGAUGUCCCCGUCCUCUGUAUUCCCAGGACUGUCCAGAGGAGAAGCUCCCAGAGAACCAUCAGGAUGAAAAUCUGAUUGAUAUUAAGGUUGAGGUUAAAGUUGAAGAAGAAGAGGAGAUGGAUUUAUGGGGCGAUCAUCAGUAUGGACUCAUAGAAAGAAAUCCCCCCAAGAGAUGUCCCCGUCCUCUGUAUUCCCAGGACUGUCCAGAGGAGAAGCUCCCAGAGAACCAUCAGGAUGAAAAUCUGAUUGAUAUUAAGGUUGAUGUUAAAGUUGAAGAAGAGGAGAUAGAUUUGUGCAGCGCUCAUCAGUAUGGACUAAUAGAAAGAAAUCCCCCCGAGAGAUGUCCCCAUCCUCUGUAUUCCCAGGACUGUCCAGAGGAGAAGCUC